UUGGGCGCCGCGGCUGAGCCUGCUGCUAGGCUGCUCAAGCUGGGCGCGCGGGGAGGCGGCGAGCACAGCUGGGCCGGGACUUCCUUCCUCCCUCUACCGCAGGACAACAAAACAACCCGGCAGCAGGCGCUGAGCCCUUGGCAGCUGUCUGGGCGAGAGGCGCAGCGAUGGGCUCCGUGCUGAGCAGCGAUAGCGGCAAAUCCGCCCCCGCCUCGGCCGCCCCGCGGGCCCUGGAGCGCAAGGGGGACCCCGAGCUGCCCGUCACGUCCUUCGACUGCUCCGUGUGCCUCGAGGUGUUGCACCAGCCCGUCCGGACCCGCUGUGGCCACGUAUUCUGCCGUUCCUGUAUCGCUACCAGUCUAAAGAACAAUAAAUGGACCUGUCCUUAUUGCCGGGCCUAUCUUCCUUCAGAAGGAGUUCCAGCCACCGAUGUAGCCAAAAGAAUGAAAUCUGAGUACCAGAACUGCACCGAGUGUGACACCCCGGUUUGCCUCAGCGAAAUGAGGGCACACAUAAGAUCUUGUGAGAAGUAUAUAGAUAAGUAUGGACCGCUGCAGGAACUUGGGGAGACGGCAACCAGGUGUGUGUGUCCAUUUUGUCAGAGGGAAUUGGAUGAAGACAGCUUGCUGGAUCACUGCAUUACUCAUCACAGAUCAGAAAGGAGAUCUGUGUUCUGUCCACUUUGCCGUUUACUACCUAAUGAGAAUCCAGGAAGCUUUAGUGGCAGUUUAAUAAGACAUUUGCAAGUCAGUCACACUUUGUUUUAUGAUGAUUUCAUAGAUUUUAAUAUAAUUGAGGAAGCUCUUAUCCGAAGGGUCUUAGACCGGUCACUUCUGGAAUACGUGAAUCACUCAAACACCACAUAAUUUAAUUAAGAGGAAAGGGAAGGAGACCAUAGAAUUGCACCAUUUGUUAAGAUGCUGCUUGAACAAUUGGAGGGCAAUUGUAAAUGUUCGAUGGGCAAAAAUGUACAACACUGUUAUACAUUUGUCCAUGUUUAUUGUUAUAUUGUCUUUUAAAACUGCUUUCAUUUUGAUGGCUUAAAUCUGUUUUACAUUCUUGAGUUUUUUAGACACUUAACAACAAAAAAUAGUCUCCAUCAGCCAUUAAUAUAUGGAAGAGAACAUCAGGCAGGAUAUGUGGGUGAAGGAUCUUUAUUUGCAAAUUGGAUGAUAUUAUGUGUAAUGCUACAUAUUAAUAACUACUAUCAUGGUUGAGCAAGAUAACUAAUCUUUGUUUUAUCUAAAAAGAUGGAGAGUGAAACCAAGUGUGGACAUUCAAGGAAAUAUGAAAUCUGUUGUAGUGCUCAUCUAAUCUCUAAUAGAAUAAUAUGAGUAGCCUGGUAUUGGAGUAGGAGAGGAAAAUUUUGGAAGUCAACAAAGUCCACUUAACCAAAUUGUAAAAUAUAAUACUGUAACAAAAUAAAUUUUGUGUUAGGGAUGUAUACUUAAUUCUUUGACUUUUUAUAACUAUGCACAAUAAGAAUUUAAUAUUAUAUUUUUCAAAUAUUUGUAGCUUAUUAUUUAGAAAUAUUUCUAUAAUAUAGGCAAUUUUCUUAAGAACCUUCAGCUGAUAUUUAUAGUAGAAGUGUUCACAUCCAUAAUUUUUAGUGGAAAACGCCAAGGGCUUUGCUUUUUUUUACUUU